AGAAAGUAGGGAGUACUUUUAUCAUCCGACCGGAAUAUCAGAAGAGGGAACUAUACGACCCCGGGCUCAUAUAGAGUACUCCCUCAUUCGUAUACCGACCUUCGUCAAAUCAACCAACAGGGCACAGGCAGCGGCUCAAACUUCCGAACGAAAACGCAUAAAAGGAAAUCAUGGGCGGUAGAAAGUCGAAGAAAAUAGCUAUCACCGCCGAAUUCUGAUCGCAGUCUGUCCACCCUUCCGUUCCUUGAUUUUAUCUAGUCAAGAGAUAUAUAGUGCAAUUGGUUAUAGUAGGGCCACUGGAUGUUAAAGCUGAAAAAGAGCCAUGAGUUUUGAUCUGGUGGAUAUUAUACCGCGGGAUGUCAGAUUCACAUUUGAACCAAGGAAGCAAAGUUCAUGCUCUAUCCGCCUAGCCAAUAAGUCUGACAAGUGUGUUGCUUUUAAGGUCAAAACUACGAAUCCAAAGAAGUAUUCUGUUCGGCCAAAUGUGGGAAUCUUUAGUCCUAAGGCAUCACGUGAUUUCACAAUAACUAUGCAAGCGCAACGUGAUCCGCCUAUUGAUAUGAUAUGCAAGGACAAGUUUUUAGUUCAAGCCACAGUUGUACCUGAGGAGACUUCUGAAUAUGACAUCAUCUCAGAGAUGUUUUCUAAAGACGAUGGAAAAUAUGUGCAAGAAAACAAGCUAAGGGUGGUCCUUGUCACUCCAUCCAGCUCGCCAGUAGUGUCACCAAUGAAUGAAGUGUGCAGUCAUCUGCCAAGAGAUGUUCUAGCUGACGACGCUUUUGAUAGUGCAAAACUCAGUACAUUUUCUGAAUUGGGUGGGAGUAUGGAGCUAAAACAAGAAAAUGGCAUGGAGUUUGUGGAAAAGAAUCUUUUAGUAGCCAAAGCAAAUAACAAUGUGGGAGAGAUGGAAUCUUUCAAGGAGAAGAUGAAGUCAAAACAUCAUGAACUUGAACUACAAUUAAGUGCGGCUGAAGCAACCAUUGCUAGGCUGACACAGGAAAGGAAAGACAUCACUCAAGAGACAGAGGGUUUACGAAGGGAAUUGGCCGUAAUGACAAGCAAGAAGGUUGUCAGAAGAGUGCAAGUUGGAUUUCCUUUGGCGUAUGUGGUGAUGGUUGCGGUCAUUGGUAUAACUCUAGGAUGUCUUUUAGGUCGUUUAUAGAGGCAGCUACUGCAAUGCUUUCCAUACUCCCAUCGAUCCCAUGGGGGCACAAUAUGGUGUAGUUUUUUUCCCUCGUGUAUGACUCCUUAGAUAUACUGCUGUAUAUACUUUUUCUCUAUAAUACUCUUUAGGUGCUUUGGAGUAUUUAGGACGCACGAACGGUAUGGUAUGUACUGUACAUGUGGCAUCUACACAUUUGCAAGUUACACUAUAUU